AUGCAGCGAUUCAAGGAUAAGUUUGAGCAUGGCAUUGAGAACUUGGAGGAGAAGUUCAAAGACCACAAUCUCCACGAUGUCAAGGCCUCUGCGGCACAUUUAAAACACAAGGUCGGCAAGUUUUACAAUAUUGUCAACCCUAAUCACCGCCACGAUGAGGAGCAUGAACAAAUCACCGAUAAGAAACGCUCGGAAAUCGCCGAAUCCCACCGUUUCCACUCCUUCGCACCCGUCCACGAGAAUAAUCGAGUAAAAUGGUAUGUCGAUGGUAUGGAUUACCUCUGGGCCGUCUCCGAAGCGCUAGAGAAAGCAACCGAGACGAUCUACAUUGCCGAUUGGUGGCUGUCGCCAGAAUUGUUCCUCCGUCGACCCCCCGUGAAACACCAGGAAUGGCGUUUAGACCAUAUUCUGAAGAGACGCGCGGAGGCGGGUGUUAAGAUUUAUGUGAUCGUCUACAAAGAGGUUAACCAAGCUCUGACGUGUAAUUCGGCACACACAAAAUAUGCAUUGCGUAACCUCUGUCCCGAGGGUACACCGGGACACGGCAAUAUUCGAGUUAUGCGACACCCAGACCACAAUGUCUUUGAGAAUGGAGCUGACAUGACACUUUACUGGGCCCACCACGAGAAAUUCAUCGUGAUUGACUAUGCCAUGGCAUUCAUCGGAGGUAUCGAUCUCUGCUUCGGUCGCUGGGACGCUCAUCAGCACCCGCUCGCCGACGUCCAUCCAGCUGGUCUCAAAGACGACAUCUUUCCUGGUCAGGAAUUCAAUAACAACCGCAUCAUGGAUUUCCAAAGUGUGCAAGACUGGCAGAACAACGAGCUGAGCAAAACUGAGUACGGCCGCAUGCCAUGGCAUGAUGUGGCAAUGGGCUUGCUUGGCGACUGUGUCUACGAUAUUGCCGAGCACUUCGUUCUGCGCUGGAACUUCAUCAAGCGCGAUAAGUACAAGCGUAAUGAUCAUGUGGAUUGGUUGUUGAUGGAGGGACGAGAUGGGGAGCAGGAGGAUAUUAUUGCUGUUCAGCGGCCCAAGUAUCCCUGUGGCGAGUAUAUUCAGCAUCCUUUGACGCCGCUUUCAAGUAAGCCACGCGGAAAUCAGGGCUCUGUGCGAGCGCAGGUUGUGCGCAGUAGUGAUGAUUGGAGCAGUGGCAUUCUGAAUGAACAUAGUAUUCAGAAUGCGUACUGCGAGGUUAUUCGCAAUGCGGAGCAUUUCGUCUACAUUGAGAACCAAUUCUUCAUCACGGCUACGGGUGACAACCAACAUCCAAUCUACAACAAGAUUGGCGCCGCCAUUGUUGAAGCAGCUGUUCGGGCGGGUAAAGAAGGCCGCAAGUUCCGUGUCAUUGUGGUGAUUCCUGCUAUUCCCGGAUUUGCAGGCGAUCUACGUGACAAUGCUGCGUCGGGUACGAGAGCCAUUAUGGAUUACCAAUACAAGUCGAUCUGUCGAGGCGAGGAUUCAAUCAUGGGACAAAUCGCCAAGGCUGGCGUGGACCCCAAAGAGCACAUUUUCGUCUUUGCUUUGCGUGCUUAUGACCGUAUUAACAAGACCCCCGCACUGGAGGAGCUUGAGAGCAAGGCCGGGGUGACGUACCAGGAUAUCCAGCGUGGUAUUGCAGAGUCUAUCAUGAGUGAGAGUGUGCACCCCUCCAUCGGUAAAGAUGGCGAUCGGUUUGAAAAGAGCUACGACGCCGAUCCUUCCCAAAAGGAAGAAAAUGUGCGCAAGCUUGAGAAGUUCGAGGAGGAAGUCGAGCGGAACAAGGAAAAGCAAGGCGAUGCAAGCAGAGACUCGGUGGCUCAUGUCACUAUGCUGAAUGGUGGCAAAAUGUCCGAUGAGCCCUGGGAAGGUGAUCCAGAGGCUGAAAAGGCCAACAUUGUGCAAGAAGAGUUAUACGUACACGGCAAGGUGUGUAUUGUCGAUGAUCGCAUCGUCAUCUGUGGUAGUGCCAACAUCAACGACCGAUCCCAACUUGGCUCCCAUGACAGCGAACUCGCCAUCGUAAUGGAAGACCAAGACUUCAUCGAGAGCGAAAUGAACGGUCAACCAUACCGUGCAGGCCGUCAUGCAGCCACACUGCGCCGCCAACUCUGGCGCGAACAUCUCGGCCUUCUUCCGGCCCAAGACUACGAUGCAGCUAACGAGCCGAAUGCCCGUCCCCCCGACGUAUGUCUCAAUACGAUCCUCGAAGGUCCUGAGAACGACUUCGUCACCGACCCACUCAGUGAUGCGGUCUGGAAUACCUGGACCGAACAAGCUAGCGUUAACACGGAGACGUAUCGGGUGCUGUUCCGCGCGGAUCCAGAUGACCACAUUAAGACCUUUGAGGAUUAUGACAAUUUCUAUCCUCGUGGGGCGCACAAGCAGGGUCACUUGUUUGAUCCGUAUAUGCCGAUAGCGGAGGUGCGGGAGAAACUCGAUCGCAUCAAGGGCCACUUAGUGUGGCUGCCUUUGGAGUUUUUGUGUGAGGCCGAGAUGGCCGAGCCUGGAUUAGCUGUGAAUCAGAUUACAGAGAGCAUCUACACGUAG